AUGGCCUUCACAAUGCACUCCCAUUCGGGGCAAUUCUGCCCCGGCCACGCCAAAGACCAGCUCGAGGAUGUAAUACAGCAUGCUAUUAGCAUCGGCUACAAGACGAUGGCCCUGACAGAGCACAUGCCUCGCACCGGCCUGGAGGAUCUGUACCCGGAAGAGCUUGACGAUCCUGAGGGCUCACUAGCAGCCCUAAUGCCCCGCCACGAGGCCUAUCUGCUCGAGGCCCAACGCCUACGGGCAAAGUACGCCGACCAGAUCCACAUUCUCAUCGGCUUCGAGGGCGAGUUCAUACGGCCGGAUGCAUACGGCCCUCUGGUCCGCGAGCUUGCCUCCCACCCAGCCAUCGACUACUUCAUGGGCUCGUUGCACCACACCUGCGGCGUGGCCAUCGACUUCGACAAAGACUACUACGGGAGGGCGAGGGACGCAGCCGGCGGGACCGAGGAGCUCCUAUAUGCGAGAUACUACGACGAGCAGUACGCCAUGCUGACGGCGCUGGAGCCGAGGGUCGUGGGCCAUUUCGACCUGAUCCGCCUGCUGAGCGAGGAGCCCGGGCGGGACUUGCGGACCGCGUGGGCUGAGAAGACGCCGGGGCCCGAGGGCGCCGUGUGGGACAGGGUGGUACGCAACCUCCGGGCGGUCAGGAGCUACGGCGGCUGGUUGGAGUGCAACAGCAGCGCAUUGCGGAAGGGCCUGGCCGAGCCGUACCCCGCCAGGCCAAUCGCCAAGGAGUGGCUGAAAAUGGGAGGCAAAUUCACCAUGUCGGACGACAGCCACGGUAUCGCACAGGUCGCCACAAAUUACUUGCGAGCGCUGGACUACCUCGAGUCCCUGGGGGUGACCGAGGUGUGGACGCUGCAGAGGGAGGAGACUCACUCUGACGUCCAGGGUGGCAAGAAGGCAACGCUGGUGGAGAAGAGUGUCACCCUCACGGAAUUCCGCGAAUGCUUGCUGAGUAAGAUGAACUAG